AAGAUGAAAGUGUACGUAGCUGACUUUCAGAAUACAGAGACUUCUUAAAAGCUGUGUCAUGAUGAUGUUCUUAGAAUUUCAUACCUCAUCAGAGCCAUGGCCGAUCCGUGUUCACCAAGACAGAGGAUCUGCUCAUUCUCUGUGAUGAUGAGCGCAAAGUGACAGGGCCCUUUAAUUUUAAAAUCUCAAUUUCUCUUCAUAACAACCUCUGCUACCUGCAACUUAACGCGCAGUCUUCCUGAUGCCGUUUAUACGUGUAGAUGUCAAAACACCAGAAGCCUGCUGGUUCGAAAGUCAUAUCUUACGAUCUGAUUAAAUAUGAUGUGGAGAAAGAUGAGCCUGUGCGAGAUGGAAAUGGAUAUUGCAUCAGAGUUCCCAAAGGUGAGGUUGGACUCCUUGUUUGCAGAAUCACACAACUUACGCCCUUUAGUGGUUAUGCUGGAGGAACUACUCAGACAGAGAAGAAAAAACUGAGAGACGUCUUUAAGAAAGGAGACCUCUAUUUCAACAGUGGCGAUCUCUUACUGAUUGACCAUGAAAAUUUCAUCUACUUUCAUGACCGAGUUGGAGAUACUUUCCGCUGGAAAGGGGAAAAUGUGGCCACCACUGAAGUCGCUGAUACAGUAGGACUAGUCGAUUUUGUCCAAGAAGUAACUGUUUACGGAGUGUCUGUGCCAGGUCAUGAGGGUCGAAUUGGCAUGGCCACGAUCAAAAUGAAGGAAAACUAUGAAUUUGAUGGAAAGAAACUCUUUAACCAUGUUGCCGAUUACCUGCCCACUUAUGCAAGGCCCCGGUUUCUUAGAAUACAGGACACCAUUGAGAUUACUGGAACUUUUAAGCACCGCAAAGUGACCCUCGUGGAGGAGGGCUUUAACCCUGCAGUCAUCAAAGAUGCCUUAUAUUUCUUGGAUGACAAAGCAGAAAUGUAUGUGCCGAUGACUGAGGACAUUUACAAUGCCAUAAAUAAUAAAGCUCUGAAACUCUGAAUAUUUCUUAGAGGCUAACUCACAUUUCCAGAAAGAAACUGAAUGAACCUAGUACAGCCACUUGAUGUAAUCCAACCUUAAUUUGAUUGAAGAUUGUGAGAUGUAAUUUUUUUAUGCAUUCCAAUAAGGGGAGGCUUUUUAAAAUUACACCUGAACCUUUACAUGUGAAAAUAUUUAGAGAUAAGUAUUUUUCAAUUUGCACCUUCCGUUCAUAUUUGCAGAUCAAGCUUGUUAGAGGGUGCAUUAUUUUUUUAAAUAUAUAAUAAAUUAGAUGAAUGCCAACAGA